AUGAUGUCGUCGCCGUUGAAGAAGCAGCCCGAGGCUGUGGCGGAUAGGGUGCUCAAGAGGGCUGAAAUCAGCAAGAUGGCCCGGAGGUUACAGAACCGUCUCGCCCUCGCCCAGUUCAAGACGAAACACAAUUUGGUGAACGAGACGCUGGAUAUGAUCGAGCCCAAGUUCGAACAGGAGAUGCGCCGCCGACGGUUGCAAGACGGCGAUAUCCUGUCCGACUCGUCCUCGAGCGCCUCCGACCUCCCAUACCCCUCUCGAACACUCAUGAGCUCACCGCUCAAAGCGCCGCUGUUUUCGGAUGCCAUUGGGUCUAGCAACGGUAGCACCGGGCAUAGGAAGCGUACCUACCUAGCCUCCUUUGACGACAAUGGGUAUUCGAGUCCGAGCAAGCGUUUCCGCCAGUCCCCGACGGCACACCGGUCUUUCUCGAGUCACCACCCCUUUACCCAGUCGUCACCGAUAAAACCGAGGCGGCAGCAACACUUUACCACUUCAACGGGCCCGGAUAUAUCGUUUUACUCGGGAUCAAGGCAAAUCAGCGACGUCCUUACUACCACAAAUUAUGCGGCCCAUUCGGAUGACGAGGACGACUUGCCCACUCAUUCGUUUCACGUCAACCACGUUCGGGUAUCGCCGCCUCGAACGCCACCGAUGCGAAGCCGUACGUUGAUGAAGAAGCCAAAGGACAGGCAGCCAACAGCAAACGAGUCUAAAUCUGGCGAGGAAGGUGCGGAUCUGCUCUUGUAUCUAGCAGCAUCACCCUCGCCUGCGAACCCGCCAAGGAACAGGAUGGAACCCCCGUCGACACCACCGCCGAAGAACAAGCUGGCGCUACCAUCAUCGAUGAUGACGACCCCUGGCGGCGGCAACCCCUAUCCGGCCACUCCUGGACUUGGCUUUGACUUUGCUGAAUUUCUUCAUAUGACGCCUAGCCCAGCGCAAAAGCCGUGGAAGACCCCUCUCGCGGGGAAGACGCCGCGCAGCGUGGCAAGGAGACGCCUCACGUUUGACGACAUACCAUCUUGA